GGCGCCCUGGGACACCAGGCUUGCGCUGCUGCCUGUUUGGCCCGAGGCCCGUGGCCCGUGGCCUGUGGGCCGUGGCCGGCCGUCCAACAUGGUGGACUACUACGAGGUGCUGGGCGUGCCCCGCCAGGCCUCCUCCGACGCCAUCAAGAAGGCCUACCGCAAGCUGGCGCUCAGGUGGCACCCGGACAAAAACCCUGAGAACAAGGAGGAGGCGGAGAGGAGGUUCAAACAAGUGGCCCAGGCAUACGAGGUGCUGUCGGACUCCAAGAAGAGAGCCGUCUACGACCGCUACGGCGAGGCGGGCGUGGAGGCCGGCGGCGGCAGCGGGCCCUUCGAGGACCCCUUCGAGUGUGUCUUUACCUUCCGCGACCCGGUCGAGGUCUUCAGGGAGUUUUUUGGCGGCCGGGACCCAUUUUCGUUUGACUUGUUCAGAGACCCGUUUGAUAACAUUUUGGGAGGUCGGAGAAGCAGGAGCAGAAGGUCCUCGCCCCUUUUCCCCACCUUCAGUGAGUUCCCAGCCUUUGGUGGGUUUUCUUCUUUCGAUACAGGAUUUCAUUCCUUCGCUUCUCUGGGGAAUGGGGGCCUCUCUUCCUUCUCCACGUCUUGUGGUAGUGGCGGUGGGAUGGGUAACUUCAAGUCCGUGUCAACUUCCACCGAAAUCAUUAAUGGCAAGAAAACCACCACCAAGAGAAUUGUCGAGAAUGGCCAAGAAAGGGUGGAAGUGGAGCAAGACGGCGAGUUGAAGUCCCUGAUCAUAAACGGCAGAGAGCAGUUGCUGCACAUUGACACCAAGUAACUCCAGCCCUCCCCACGUUUCGCUUAAAGCACACGGGGAGGAAUAGCAGGACAUUUUUUUGGAGAUUGCAAGUGAGCUCUACUUUCAAAAUAACUACUGGGCACUUUAUAAACGGUUCAAUGCCUAUGCCUGUUUGUUCUUCUUAUUAGGACCACGCUAAUAGGACUUCUCUUUGUUUCUCUUUAAAACUGUUGCAAAUG